AUUAGUACUCACAGGUGGACAUCAUAAACUCAACACACCUUGCACUCCGGUACCUGUGUGCGCUUUUCGUACACGCUAAUUAACAAAAAUAAUUUCACUUCUGUGAUUAGUUUUGGCUUGGUGAGAAAAUAUUCUUUCCUAUGUGGCAUCUGUAACUAUAGUCUGCUCUAAAGGGACCACUUUCCAGCGAUUAGAGUCAUGGACGAACUAAGCAAACCCUCACAGCCUGCAGCAGGUGAACGUUCUGGCAGUCAUCCAAGGCCAUUCUUCUAUGUUCAGCCAGCAGUGCAACCGUUUUAUACAUAUCAAUGGCAGAUGAAUCACCCUUACAGCCAGCAAGGCUUCCCUGGAUCUGCCUUCCAUUUUGGUCGUCCCUACAUGCUCCCUUAUUCCUACUUGCAGUAUCCAGGUUAUGUUAUGCCUCAGGCUUCCAUGCACCCUGUGGAUUACCGAAGGAUACACGAGCGAAGCUUCCCGCAUGCCCCCGGAUGUGAUGCUUCUCUUCGACAGUACCAACACGGCCAAACUGCCCCGAGAGAGAUGACGUGUGUAGGAGCACAAACGGACCCAAGUGAGGCCUUAAAUAGACUCAUAGAAUGUCUGGAUCAACUUCGUGCUAGUGACAGUUCCCAAACAUCUGGAAGUCUGUCACCUUUAACCAAGGAACCAAAGUGCGAGGAAGAAAGUAGAAUCAUGGGAGAUAAGCUGAUUAGCAAAUCCAACAUGGCGGAUGAUGAUGGAGGUACAAGUUGUGGUGGACAUGCCACUCAAGAGGAGGACUCCUCUCUGGCUUCAGGAAAGGAAGAAAAAGAAAAGAAUGAGGCAGGGUAUCAUGACUGCUCAGAGAGUCACUCAGACUUUUCUCAGAGUCACUCACAGAGUGGUAGCUGUCAAGAGAAAAACGAGGAUGAGAAGGAACAAGAUAAAGAGCUGGAACAAACCAAUGAGGAGCUGGAGUGGAAUGGUUGUAUUGCAAGUCGACCUUCAUCCCAGUCCUCUCCUGCACGCACUUCUUUAACCAAAAAGAUUGAAAAUCAAAGUCUAAUCCAGAAACAGCAUGAUUUUUCAUGCUGUAUCCUCCAUUUGCCGUUUGAGAAGGUGAUUUCUUCUGGUGUUUAUGGAGCCAGCAUUACUCCUCCAUCACUUGGCUCACCAUUAAAUUACACUUAUCAUCCUCCUCAGCUUGCUCAUGAACGUGUCAGUGUCUUGAGUCCAUCUCUGGACGAGCUCUCGUCUCACGAUGAGCUGCUGUCCACUGAUUUAGAUGACAUUGACCUGUUUCCAACUCGAAUCUACACCAGAGGGAAACUUGCUGAAGUUACGUCUAGAAGAUGCCACAGUUCCGAUCUGUGCUUGCUCUAUCCCAAGAGAUUGACGUGCGCCAUGUGCGGCUCGCACACCUUUAAGGAGUUGAGCAGGACCAAACUAUGCCGGUAUGAAGACGUGGAAGAUUCAGACGAGGUCAAGGUCGAGCAUCGUCUCCGAAACACAGUGGGGAAAGGUCACACAACCAGAAAAACACACUCACAGAUAAGACACAAACUCCGAACCGAGCAUCACAGAGAGAAGGCAGAAAGUCAGCACGAAUCAUCUCGUUCUGAGCAUUUAUGCUGUGAGACAUGCCUCUGCUCAACAGAGAAGAGCCCCAGAGCAGCUAGCGGUCGCCCAGAACGUCGGUGCAAAGUGAUCUCGGAUCAGCUGCUCAGGGACGGCGUAACCGCAAAAGCAUGCAGAGCUCAGCCCUUACCACAACGACCACAAAAAACUGGUCACAGAAAAGCUCGCUGUAAACCUCCAGGUUGUCAAAGCUCCAGAAAUGAGGAAGAUGAUAAUGAUGAGCAUGAGGAUGAAGAGCAGGAAGUGCUUCUGUACCCUAGGACAAAAGGAGCCACUAAAAGAGGAGGAGCACGAUGCUAAACAUCACAAAGUUCGCGUCAUCUAUAGAGGCAGUAAACGCACGUGUUAUUUUUGUGUUUGGAUACGAAUAAGUAUGUUUCAACUAUAUGAGUGAGUUUUCGGUUGCACAGUCGCCAUGGUUAGAAUUCACUGUAUUAAAAAGACCUGCACCUUCUGCACCUCCUGUGUUCAAAUUAAACUUGUUUUCUCAGUCACUUCACUGUUG